CAAUAUCCGUAUCUAUAUCUGUGCAACCUAAUCGGGUCUUGCUCCUAGAGCUAUCCUCCUCUCCUUCAUAAUCUUCCGCAAUUCUCCAUUCCAUAGUUUAAGUGUGAUUGGCCAUAUCCUGCUAUAUACUUUGAUCUUACCGUAUUUCACUGUUUCUUUCUCCACAAGAUCAAAAAUACACUUUCAACUUUGAUCAAAAAUACACUUUCUGAUCCAAAAUAAAUAUAUAUACCUUCAUUCCCGGAGGGAAUAGAUAGAUCAUUUCUGGGUAUUGGCUAGGUGACGCAUCAUGAUGCAUUGAUGAGCUCAACGGUUGGAUGAGGGGGAAGAUAGAUCAAGUAUCAGCUUUGACGAAAGGUUAGAAUUUAGACACAGGAGGGAAGUCUGUGCCUUUGUUGGUCCACCGUUCUGAGUACGAAUUCUAAGAUACUUAUCAAUAAUGGCUUCCAGCAAUGGCUCUGCUGUCGUAAUUGGAGGCGUCAGUGGUUCUGGGAAAACCACGAUAGGUCAGAUGCUGGCGAAAGAGUUGAAUUACAGUUAUCUUGAUGCUGAUGAUUUUCAUUCCCAAUCAAACAAAGAUAAGAUGCGUAUGGGAAUCCCACUUUUGGAGGAAGACCGGAUUCCAUGGUUGAAUUCACUACGCAAUAUCUUGAGAGAAUACUUAACUAAUAGAAAGGAUGUGAUUCUAAGUUGCUCUGCUUUGAAAAAGCAGUAUAGAGAAAUACUACGAUCUGCUGACCCUAAUUAUAAAUGGGGAAGUCAUGCCAGCACUGUUAGUUUUGUUCUGUUGGAUGUUCCUGCUCAUGUUCUAAGGGAUCGUUUGAAUGAAAGAGAGGCCAAAGGAAGCCAUUUUAUGCCUGCGUCUCUUUUGCAAUCUCAGUUAGAUUUGCUUGAGAUUGAUGAGUUUGAGGGAAUACUUAAAGUUGAUGCUACUUCGAGUCCCAAAACCAUUGUCAAUGCCAUUAAGGACAUGCGACAAAUCUAGAGUUUAUUUCAUUUUCAAUAUGCUCAAUCUGAUAAGUGGGCAGGAUUGAUCGCUGUAAUAAAAUUAUUUAGAACAUUCUAUGUUGAAAGUUACAACGGAGCUUGUACAAUUAA